AUGGCUGAAGAUGACUUUCUUUCCAUUGGAGAAAGAAGAUACUUGCAGAUACUUUUACCACCACCUGGCAAUGUGAAAUCAAAGAAAAGUGCUUCAAUAAUGCUCUUAAGUGAUCCUGAGAUUGAAAGUAGCAUACUCAUCAGUAAUGAUGAAGGUGCCACCUAUCAAAAAUAUCGACUCAGCUUCUACAUCCAGAGUCUGCUCUUCCAUCCUAAGCAAGAGGACUGGAUUCUAGCAUACAGCAUUGACCAAAAGCUGUAUAGUUCUAUGGAUUUUGGAAGAAGAUGGCAGAUCAUGCAUGAACGGAUCACACCAAACAGAUUUUACUGGUCUGUCACAGAUUUGGACAAGGAGCCUGACCUUGUACAUAUGGAGGCUCGGACACCAGAUGGACAUACCCAUUACAUAACUUGUAGAAUUCAAGAAUGUUCAGAGACCACCAGGAAUGGACCUUUUUUGCAUUCCAUUGACACAAGUUCACUUGUUGUCCAGGAUGAAUACAUCUUUAUUCAGGUGACUUCUGGUGGGAGAGCAAAUUACUAUGUGUCUUACAAAAGGGAACCCUUUACUCAGAUAAAAUUACCCAAGUACUCAUUACCAAAGGACAUGCAUAUUAUCAGCACAGAUGAGAAUCAGGUGUUUGCUGCAGUUCAGGAAUGGAACCAGAAUGACACAUACAACCUCUACAUUUCUGAUGUUCGUGGAGUCUACUUCACUCUAGCCUUAGAGAAUGUUAAGAGCAACCGAGGACUAGAGGGGAAUGUUGUCAUUGAUCUUUAUGAGGUAGCAGGGAUCAAAGGCAUAUUGCUGGCUAACAAGAAAGUAGAAGACCAAAUAAAAACGUUCAUCACCUACAACAAAGGAAGAGAUUGGCGUUUGCUACAGGCUCCAGAUUCUGAUUUGAGAGGGGACCCCAUUCACUGUCUGCUGCCUUUCUGUUCCUUGCACUUACAUUUGCAAGUCCCUGAAAACCCUUACACUUCAGGCAGCAUUUCAAGCAAAGAGACAGUUCCUGGACUUCUGGUUGCCACAGGCAAUGUGGGUGGAGAAUUGUCAUAUACUGAGGUUGGCAUGUUUGUUUCUUCAGAUGGUGGAAAUUCCUGGAGACAGAUCUUUGAGGAAGAAUACAAUGUAUGGUUCCUUGACUGGGGUGGAGCACUUGUGGCCAUGAAACACACAUCAAUGCCUAUUCGACAAUUGUGGGUGAGUUUCGAUGAAGGAAGGACCUGGAAUAAAUAUGGCUUCACAUCAGCACCGCUCUUUGUGGAUGGGUCCCUAGUGGAGCCAGGCAUAGAGACUCAGAUAAUGACAAUCUUUGGCCAUCUCAAUCUCCGUUCUGAAUGGCAACUAAUAAAAGUGGAUUAUAAAUCUAUCUUUAGCAGAAGAUGCACCAAGGAUGAUUUCCGGUCAUGGCAUUUACACAACCAGGGUGAACCUUGUGUCAUGGGAGAAAGGAAGAUCUAUAAGAAACGCAAAGCAGGGGCAUGGUGUGCAUUGUCUAGAGAUUACUCAAGAACAGUUGUUUCCGAACCAUGCAUCUGUGCUGAGUGGGACUUUGAAUGUGACUAUGGUUAUGAAAGACACAGUAAUAAUCAAUGCAUCCCAGCAUUCUGGUUCAACCCAUCUUCUAGGCUGAAAGAAUGCAGCCUUGGCCAGAGCUACUUGAACAGCACUGGGUAUCGGAGGAUUGUUUCUAAUAACUGCACAGAUGGUUUGCAGGAAAAAUAUGCAGCCAAGCCUGAACAGUGCCCAGGCAAAGCUCCUCGUGGGCUACAUAUUCUCACAUCCACUGGCAAGUUGGUUACAGAACAAGGUUACAACACUACCUUCAUAAUUCUUAUGGAAGAGGGUGACCUUCAGAGGACAAAUAUCCAGUUAGAUUUUGGGGAUGGUACUGCUGUAUCCUAUGCUAAUUUCAGCCCUAUAGAAGAUGGUAUCCGACAUGUUUAUAAGAGCACUGGAAUCUUCCAAGUAACAGCUUAUGCAGAAAAUAACCUGGGUUCUGAUCUGGCAGCACUCUUCCUGCAUGUGGUUUGUCCAGUGGAACGUGUCCACCUCAGUGUCCCUUUUGUGGCCAUCAGGAAUAAGGAAGUCAAUCUCACUGCUGUGGUUUGGCCGAGUCAAUCGGGGACUGUCACUUACUUCUGGUGGUUUGGCAACAAUAGCAAGCCAUUCAUCACCUUGGAUAGCAGCAUCUCUUACAUCUUUACCAGUGAAGGACUGAAUACUAUCACGGUGCAGGUCUCAGCUGGCAACAUCCUCAUCCAGGACACCAGAAACAUUGCUGUGCAUG